UUCCAUUCUGUUUGAUUUUAUAACAAGAAUGGAACUACAUUUCCCCUGUAUCUGGGAAAUCUAUCGAAUCUGCCAAACACGAAAGGUCACACACAUGGAGAGGAGAUGCGAUGCAGUGAGAGGUGUGUGCAAAUACGAUCGUAUUUCUCCAAAUGAUUCGUUUUAGAUCAGUCAACCUUCAACUACUCUUCGUCAGUCGUUUCUUAUAGCAACAGUAGUGUGUCCUGCAUUUUGAAAAGCGAUACUAUCCGGCAUUCAUAAUUCCUGUUAGCUAACGUUAGUUCAGCUAGCCAAGUCAACUGUAGGUUAGAACCCCACUUCAAUUGCGGAAACUUGUUUGUUAAAACAUCUCUGUCACUGACACGAUGCUGAGGAAUCUUGUGAGGUUUCACAAUUGUCUGGGGCAUGCUUUCUCUCCCCCCACUGUCUGCCCAAGAGGUCAAAUGUUUAAGCUGCUCCCUCUGCUCUCUGUGAACUCAAAAUCCUACUCCAUUAUCACAGAAAGAAAGAAAUUCUAUGAGGAUGUUAGCAUAUCCCAUGGAGAGGGUGGCAUGUUUGAGAUCAACCUGGACCGGCGGAAACUGAAAACACCAGGAGGAAAGCUGUUCACAGCCCCCAACGAAGCCUUAGCCAUUGCCGUGGCGAAUGAAUGGGAUACUCAGAAAGACAUGCUCAAGUUCUACAGCAUGCAUAUGACCACUCUCUGCAACACCGCCCUAGAUAACCCUACGUUCCGCAGCAAGGACCAAAUGAUCACUGCUGCCCUCAAGUAUCUGGAGACUGACACUCUCUGUUACAGAGUUGAGGAGCCUCCAUCACUAGUUGAGCUUCAGAAUAAUGAAUGGGACCCUGUGUUGAACUGGAUUGAAGACAGGUACAACGUAGUCAUUGGCUCCUCCACCAGUAUACUGGGGCCAGAGAUCCCACAGGCGACGAUGGAUACUUUCCGCCAGCACCUGGGUUCCUAUAACUUCUGGUCCCUGACAGGUCUGGAGUAUGUGAUCACCCAGCUGAGGUCAGUGGUGCUUGCCUUUGCUUUAAUAGACAAACACAUUACAGUGGAGCAGGCCGUGCUGCUGUCACGACUAGAGGAGGAGUUCCAGAUCGGACAUUGGGGAAAUGUAGAGUGGGCUCAUGAUGUUGACCUAUAUGAUCUGAGGUCACGUACAGCAGCAGGGGCUCUGUUUGUACAUUUUUCUUCUGAAAGUUCAACGGUCAAACGCAAACUCAUGCAAGACUAAGGAGGACAUUCAGUGCUUCCCUGAGUCAACACAAACUCAGACAGGACUCUUAAGAGCAAAGGCAACAAAGGCAGUGUACUGGCCUUUGACUGGGAAGAAAUCGCAAAUCCUUAGGACUUGUGUUUAUCACUGGUUGUUUUCCUUUGCGGAAUAAAAACACAUAAUAUUUUAUGUCUGUCAAUCAAUCAAUCAACUGUAUUUAUAAAGCCCUUUUUACAUCAGCAGUUGUCACAAAAUGCUUAUACAGAAACCCAGCCUAAAACCCCAAAGAGCAAGAAAUGUAGUUGCCUGGAAACCUGACGUUCAAUUGCAUUGAAUUCUACAUCGGGCAAAAAUUUGCAUUUGAAUCAGGAAAGUUACUUCUCAUGACCUCUACAAGCCAGAAUGUUGAAUAAUAUAAUAUUUUAAUGUACUUUACUGGUUGUCCGUGCGGUAGGAAUGAGGAAAGUAUAAUUACAUUAACUUUUCAAAGCGCUUGUAGUGCGUUCAGAUUUCUAUCACCUGACGCAUGUUCACAAGAUAAAAAUACAUGCACGAGACGCAGCAAAAUGAAGGCGGUUAUUUCACAACACAUUAAAUGUGCCUUCACAUUAAGUGUGCCACUACUCUUCUACCAUAUAGGCUACCUACCUGGGCUACCUGUGAUGACAGGUAGCCUAGUGGUUAGAGCGUUGGACUAGUAAACAAAAGGUUGCCACAUCAAAUCCCUGAAUUGACACGGUAAACAUCUGUUCUGCCCCUGAACAAGGCAGUUAACCCACUGUUCCUAGGCUGUCAUUGAAAAUAAGAAUUUGUUCUUAACUUACUUGCGUAGUUAAAUAAAGUUAAAAUAUAUAUCUACAACACACAAAAAAAUCAAGUUUGUAUGUGUAUCUCCUCACUGUUCCAUAAGAUUCAUUUUGAUCAGUUAUUUAAAUCAGAUUUUACUGCUUGCAUGAGUUAAUUGAUGUGGAAUAUAGUUCUGUGGCUCCAUGUAUUACUGUGCACCUCCCAUAGUCUGUCCUGGACUUGGGGACUGUGAAGAGACCUCUGGUGGCAUUGUAGUUUUCCUAAGUCCCUCUGUGGAAUUUGACCACAUGACUGGACAGUAGUCCAGGUGUGACAAAACUAGGACCUGUCGGACCUGCCUUGUUGAUAGUGUUGUUAAGAAGGCAGAGCAGUGCUUUAUUAUGGACAGACAUCUCCCCACCUUAGCUACUAUUGUGUCAAUAUGUUUGUACAAUGAGAGUUUAAAAUCCAGGGUUACUCCAAGCAGUUUAGUAUCCUCAACUUGCUAAUUUUCAACAUUAUUCAUUGCACAUGAGUAAUGAGUUCAUGGCCUUUAAUUAAGGCCAGAUUGUUCUUCAAGAUGUUCAAGUGUUCAUAGAUGUCCAGCAGGGUCAAAUAAUAGUCAGUGAUUAUAGAGAGUGCAACAGGUCAGCACCUCAGGAGUAAAUGUCAGUUGGCUUUUAUAGAAAGGGAAAGAUGUGUAAUUUAAUUUCAGUAAAGAGGAACAGUCUUCUCUGACACUCCUUCCCCAUAAAGUACAACUUGGCAGCAGCCAAGUAUGAUGAUGGCCAUCUCUUCUACAGUUUGUGUUUUGAAUCAGUUUCUCAGUCAUCAGUGACUUUUGGGAACAUUGCAUGUUUCUAUGGAAACAGUGAGUGUUGUCCCUUCAGGGGAGGAAUGUUAAUUCCCUGUUCCCCCUGUCUCAGCCCAGAUGUCUCUCUCACUCCCACUGUAUUAUACUUAGUAGCUUGUAGCAAAGCUGACUUAGUUUUUCUGUUGCUUCAGUAAAAAUGUAAUCUAUCAAUGGGUCAAACUGACUAAAACAUGUUUAUUGUUACAUACACAGCUGUUACAUACAUCACCAGCUUUUUUGUCAAACCACUGAAUCAAACCCUAAAUGCAUUCGAAUAAAAAUGACACAUGGAAA